CGAAUAGUCUAUUUCGUCUCUUUCUUCUCGUCUUCAACCUCUGAAUCUCAGUUUUCAGAGAAACGUCUCUGCUAGGGUUUUAGGGUUUCUUUUAUGAUUUGAUGCAACCUGGUGUUAUAUGAUUUGCGGAAUUUUUCCAUUGCUGUAACAUUGUGCCUUUUCUGUUCUUCAAGAAGCUUUCUGGUCGUUUGAACUCUGGGGCUGUAUUUCUCGACGUACAAGGGCUAAUGGACGGAGCGGAACAUUCCCUCGAUCACAGAGGAGCUACGGGAGCAAUGGAAACGACCUCAGGAACUGACGAGUUUCAACCCUUCGAUAGAAACCUAAUUGAAAAUCUUCAAUCCCAGCUUCGUCUUCUCCAAGGCAGGGUUAAGGUUUUAGAGGAGGAAAAUUCGAAUCUAUCCUCUCGACUUGCAAGUUGCUACUGUUCUGAGAGGAGGAUGAACUUUGACGAUGGGAGUAGUUCGAUUGAGAAAAGCAAGAAAUAUGGAAGUCUGAAAGACAAGACUACUGAGAAGAAAGCAGUAGAAAAAACGCCAGGUUAUAACACAAGGAUCUUGGACCACUGUUCAAAGAGAUAUAUUGCUCUAAAAGUAAUGUAUUUUGGGCGGAGGUUCUAUGGCUUUGCUUCAGAGGCACAAAUGGAACCAACAGUUGAGUCCGAAAUUUUCAGAGCUCUUGAUAAAGCCAGGCUUCUUGUUGGUGGUAGGAAGGAGUCUUGUUAUUCAAGAUGUGGUAGAACAGACAAGGGGGUCUCAUCUGUUGGGCAAGUAAUUGCUCUCUAUUUACGGUCCAACCUUAAGGAUCCUCCUAAUGGUGAAAAUGGCAAUCAUAAUUCGAAAGAGCACCAUGAUGGAGAAAUUGAUUAUGUGAGAGUAAUAAAUAGAGUUCUUCCCAAUGACAUUCGGGUUUUAGGCUGGUGUACUGUUCCUGUUGGCUUCAGUGCAAGAUUUAGUUGUUUAAGAAGAAGAUAUAAAUAUUUAUUCUGGGGAGCAAACUUGAACAUCUCGGCUAUGGAGAGUGCCGGUAAGAAAUUUGUAGGGGAACAUGACUUCAGAAACUUCUGCAAAAUGGAUGCAGCAAAUGUUCACAAUUAUAGGCGAUGCAUCAUGUCAUUUGACAUUUCUCCUUGUGAUGUGAGGAUGGAAGGCAAUCUAUUAUGGGCAUUCAACAUAGAAGGCAGUGCUUUCCUCUGGCAUCAGGUCCGAUGCAUGGUUGCUGUAGUAUUCAUGGUUGGGCAAGGUCUUGAAGAUCCUGAUGUUGUUGAUAUUCUAUUGGAUCCAGUAAGAACACCAAGGAAGCCUCAAUAUGUUAUGGCUUCAGAAAAUCCUCUGGUUCUUCAUUCUUGUGAAUUUGAAGGUGUCAAAUUUAGGUGUUCAACAGAUGCUGGAGAAGCUCUACAGUUGCAUUUAACAAAUGAAAUCCGCACAUAUGAGCUCCAAGCUGCAAUAUUCAAAGAAGCACUUCUAAGCUGUUUGCCAAUCACAAAUGAUGAGAGCUUUUCAGACAACAGAAAGAUAAAGAAGAAAAUUUGCCAUGUUCCCCUAUUGUCAAGACCAACUGAGCCUUCUUACGAAGAGCGGCGUGCGAAGCUCAACUCAUCCUCAAAGAGUUCAUCAAAUACAUCUUCAUAGGCACAGUUUUGCAGAGUUUGAACGCCAAACAUUAAAAGAGCAGAAGCGGCAAUGAUGAGCAUCCGGUGAUGAAGGGGAGAUGAGUCAAAAGAAAAGGCUGACAGCCCAACCACACCCCAACGUCAUCAUGAAUCCAGGUGCAUAAACUCCGACCAAAUCAUUUUUCUCACUUGCCCUGUCCCCCUCUCCUUUAUGGUUUUUAUUAAUGUUGAGAAUGACUUGCGACGGUUCUGUGCUGUGUGUUUUUGUCCUGAACCAUGUAAAAGCUUAAACCAUUUUAGAGGAAGCUAUGUUUUUUCAGUUAAAAUCUAGGUUAAAUUAUAUACAUUACCCCCAAGUUUUUUAU